UUCUUUUGAACUACUAUGACAUGGAAUUUGAAAAUGCCACCAAUUCCAGCUGCGAAACAUUUUCAGUAUUUGGUGAUAGGAGGUGGAUCAGGAGGUAUUGCUAGUGCCAGGAGAGCUGCAGAGUACAAUGUCAAGGUAGCAGUAAUUGAAGGAGGAAGGUUGGGAGGAACUUGUGUAAAUGUCGGCUGUGUUCCUAAAAAGGUAAUGUAUGCUGCCGCUAAUCUAGCUGAAGAAAUAAAGCAUGAUGCUGGGCAUUAUGGUUUAAAUGCAACCCUUGGACACGUGGACUGGAAAAUGUUGGUAGAGAAGAGGGAUGCGUACGUGAAACGUCUGAACGGAAUAUACGCAACUAAUCUAGAGAACUCUAAAGUGACGCACAUACAUGGAAUGGCUAAAUUCAUCAGCUCCAAUAAGGUUGUUGUUGAUGGAGAGAUCUACAGUGGAGAUCAUAUACUUGUUGCUGUUGGUGGCAGACCAAUCAUCCCUAGUGGUAUUCCAGGUUCUGAGCUUGGGAUUACUAGUGAUGGUUUCUUCAGUCUCCAAGAGAGACCUGAGAAGGUUGUUGUCGUUGGAGCAGGAUAUAUUGCUGUGGAGAUGGCUCAGAUCUUGUCAGCUCUUGGUUCUAAGGUUGUUCUUGUUAUUCGUGGAAACUCAGUUCUUAGAUCCUUUGAUACAAUGGUAAACUAGUAAAUUAUUUGCAUCCUUUG